AUGUUUUGGAUUUAUUUGUGUUGUUUAAUAUUUGCUACUUCAGCACGGAUUUACGACAAGGGAAUCCUAAACUCAUGCAGUAUUGGAGAGUUCUCGUGCAGUGAUGGAGCGUGUAUAACCUAUGAUCAGGCUUGUGACGGGAAAUGGGACUGUCUGGAUGGCAGCGACGAAAUCGCCUGUAAUGGAUUAUCACCUGACUUCAAUGCUGACGAUUUAAUUUUACAUCGCACUCGGAGACAGUCGACAUCAUGUAGACGGAAUCAAUGGCAGUGUCGUGACGGGAGCUGUAUAGGCCUGGAUGGCAAGUGUGAUGGUGUCACCGACUGUCCAGAUGGAAGCGACGAGACCUUCCCACUGUGUAGGAAUACUCCAUGUCAGAGCAACUGGUUCCGUUGCACGUACGGCGCGUGCGUGGACGGCACAGCUCCGUGUAACGGAGUCAAGGAAUGCGCAGACGACUCCGACGAACUGCUGCCACGGUGCCGGAAUGAGACUGAAGAGAUUCGAGGCCAAUUCCGUUGCGACGACGGGCAGCUGAUACCCGCGGCUGAUCACUGCGACGGCACGGCCAACUGCAACGACGGCUCGGACGAGACCGUGCGCAGCUGUGCGGGUAACAAAUGCCCCGGGUACGCUUUUCAAUGCGCGUACGGCGCUUGUGUCGAUGAGGGAUCGAAUUGUGACGGGGUACAGCAGUGUGCGGACGGAUCUGACGAAUCGGAUGAAUUGUGCAAUAGAAUCGCCGCUCCCACUACGAGACCUCCAAUGGGUACCGGAAAUUGCAUAGUCCCGCCUUCCCCCCCUAACGGGGUAUACUCAGUGGUGGGGCAGCCUUCGGCUCGUCCAGGCCAACGGUUCAAAGCUCUCAACCUGAACGUUACCUGCAAUUGGGGCUUCCGGGUCAAAGGGAAGAGCACCGUGCUGUGCUUCGACGGCUCGUGGGCUGAUGACCUCCCGGAGUGUAUUCAGUUUUGCCGUCUCAACCCCCACGAGAGCGUGGAAUAUCGCUGCGUAUUAUCUGGAGAGCAGGAGGGCACGAAGCCCUGCACCCUAUACGAACCCUCGGGCACCGUCGUACGUCCCGAAUGCCGGAAACCAAACUACUAUUCGCCCUCCGUCUUGCCCCUCAUGCGGUGCAUCGAAGGAAGCUGGGACACCAUCGUCCUCUGCCAACCAGAGUGUGGUACGGCAACUCCUACUGGGGUGGAAUUGGCGAUUGGUGGUUUGCCGGCUGAACGCGGUGAGCUGCCGUGGCAUGCAGGCAUUUUCAGCAAACACUACACUCCAUACAAGCAGAUUUGCGGUGGCUCCCUGGUUAGCACCACCGUUAUUAUUUCUGCUGCUCACUGUUUCUGGGACGACCUGUCAAAGAAGCAGCCAGCCAAUAAAUACGCCGUCGCAGUUGGAAAGCUGUAUCGGCCAUGGAAUGAUAAAAUGGAUAAAGACGCCCAGAAAUCGGAUGUCCGAUCGAUAGAAAUUCCGGUCCGCUUCCAAGGCUCGGCUGCCAAUUUCCAAGAAGACAUUGCCGUGGUGAUACUGACCGUAGCCAUUCAGUAUAAGACCUACGUGAGACCUGUCUGCCUAAGUUUUGACUAUAAUUUCGAUAAGCGGCAGCUCAGUGACGGGAAACUUGGAAAGAUCGCUGGCUGGGGACUCACAGGUGAAAACGGCAAGCCAUCUCCAACCCUCCAGGUGGUACAGUUGCCUUACGUGGAUUUGAAUAGGUGCAUCGCUGCAUCUCCGCCUGGAUUUAGAGAGUAUAUCAGCAGUGACAAAUUCUGCGCCGGGUAUACUAAUGGAACUACUCUCUGCAAGGGAGACAGUGGCGGUGGACUGGCCUUCCCCGACUGGGAAAUGGGAGUUGAACGGUUUUAUCUCAGAGGGAUUGUAUCAACUGCGCCGACUAACGAAGACCUCUGUAACGCACGCACUUACGUCACAUUCACACAGAUUAUCAAACACGAACAUUUUAUUAAGGAGUUUUUACAAUAA